UCGUUGUCAGUUGCUGAAUUGCCAUUCUAAACAUAAGAGAUUUCAUCAAACUUGAAUACAUCACUCACAUACACACACACAUGCAAAUGCAUACGCAAAAUCAAGAUAUGUUGGAUGAAAAGAAAAAUGGUGACGUCAACAAAACUCUGCCAGCGAAAGAUGAGGAUGAAUUCGAUGAGUCCGAAGAAAACGAUCCCUUCCAGAAGAUCAUGGAACGCGUUGGCAACCAUGGACGAUUUCAACUUAUCUACAAUAUGACCUUUGUGCUAGGUUUAGCCGCUGCUGGCUCGAUGGUAUAUAUGAAUAUCAUAUUGGCGCUUGAUAUUCCGGAACAUUGGUGCACUGUGCCGGGCCAGGAACUAACUAACUAUACGCUGGACGAGUGGCGGCGAAUUACGCUGCCGACGCAGAAGGAUAAUCGCGGCACCAGCACACACAGUAACUGUGAGAUGUAUAAUGCAAAUUUUACGAAAGUCGAUGAUUGGCAAAAUUGGAAUAAAACCAAUUCAAAUGUAACAGCUUGUCAACAUGGCUGGAGUUAUGAUAGGACGUGGUACGAAGACACCAUACCCAGCAAGGAGGAUUGGGUUUGCGCCAAAGAUUUGUAUGUAACGAACACUUUUGUUGUGGCACGCGUGACAGAAGUCAUCGGAUCAUUUGUGCUAGGACAAAUGGGUGAUGUUUACGGUCGUCGCCUUGUUUACUACAUCAGCAUUGCAUUCUGCGCUCUGGGACGGUCAUUCUCCAUAAUAACAACCAACUUAUAUUGGGUGUUCCUAUUCUGUACGGGCUUAACUGGAUUGGUGGCGAAUAGUUUGUUUCAGGCACCGCAGAUUGUUGGCAUGGAAAUAUCCAGAGAACAGGAUCGCAGCAUCAUCGCAAUUUACCAGAGCAUUGGCUGGUCCAUUGGAACAUCGUUGAUGCCAUUGCUCUUCUGGUGGCUCCGUGAUUGGUAUGCUUUUAUGUGGCUCACGACGAUACCGACUGCAAUUGUUUUAAUUUUCUUCAAAUACGUUAUUGAGUCGCCACGUUGGUUGAUUAGCAAACAUCGUUACGGUGAAGCGAUCACGCAAUUUAAGAAAAUUGCGAGAAUUAAUGGCCGCCAAUUCGAUAUGACCGAGAAGGAGCUGGCGCAGAUAUACACGAAUAGAGUGGAGGAGGAGGUGACAUAUGGCAUGGCUUCACUCUUCAGUGGCUGGCAUCUAACACGCAACACCACCAUUAUGGGCUUCAGUUGGUGUGUGGUGGCAGUUUCCUACUUCACGCUCGUUCUAUUCAGCACACGUAUGGGCGGUAAUCCCUUCCUGAAUUUCCUACUACAAAGCGUGGUCGAAAUACCCGCCUACCUGGUAGGCAGAUAUAUGGGCGAUACAUAUGGACGGCGCUUCACGAAUAGUAUGUCUUUCCUCAUGUCUUUCUGCGUUACUGUACCAUUAAUUUUAUUGGCCGCAGAUGUCAAAUAUGAGAAGGUCAUUGUGUUUUUGGCCACAUUUAUUAAGUUCCUCAACGCACUCACCUUCUUCACUGUCAAUCUGCAAAGCAUGGAAAUCUACCCGACGUGCAUGCGACAGACGGGCAUUGCGCUGGGCACGAUCCUGGCGAAUGCUGUUGGUGUUCUAGCUCCAUAUCUCGUAUAUCUGGGUACUACAGUGAAUAUUCGUGCGCCCUACUAUAUUCUCGGCACCUUGUUUUUAAUUGGAGGAAUCGGCGCGCUAUUUCUGCCUGAAACGCUGCAUAAGAAGUUACCCGAUACAAUGGAGGAGGCGAGGCAUUUCGGAAAACAUGAUAAAUUCUUCAGCCUACCUAAGGCGCCUCCGAAACACGAAGAGCCACAGCCCGCUGAAGAAGUUCAUCUCAAUCAAACAAAGUUUGCUCCAUAAACUCGUCCAGUAGCUAAGAGAUCUGGUAGAUAUUUGUGUGUUUGUAUUGGUGUAUGGAAAUAGAAAAUUUCUCAAAUUUGUGCAGUAUUUUCAAUGCGUGAGAUUUAUGUAGGUAUAAAAUGAAGAAAAAAUGUGUGACUUUUCUACUUUAAGCUGGACUUAUUGUUAAUAUAUGCGCUCAUUCGUAAGUUUAAAAAUUUAAACUUUAGUUUUAUAAUAAAAAGAGUUAUUUCCUUAA